AUGAGAAUUGCGUUAGAAGUGAAGAACAAGUUCGAUUUUGUCGACGGAAUUGUUUUAUGUCCAGAAGUUGGUGAUCCGAAGCUUACAUCAUGGAAGAGGUGCAAUCAGAUCGUGUGUUCAUGGAUGCUGAAAUCUAUCAACCCUAACAUUGCAGAAAGCGUGAUGUACCUUGACAAUGCAUCACAUAUAUGGAGCGUGCAACAAAAGAGAUGUUUGUGCACUCUCAUGAGUAGAAUGCAAAAGCAGAGGGAAGAAGAUUACAUAAUCAGGUUUUUGGAAGGCUUGAAUGAAGACUAUGAGACUAUCAAGUCUGGAAUUCUGGAUAUGGACCCCAUUCCAGAUAUGGAAAAGAAUCAGGCUGAAUCAGAAGAAUCUGUUGUGGAAGUCAUAGAAUCAAACAAUAGAAGGAAAUUCACUAAUAAUGGAGGCAAGAAUGUGCCUAAAUGCACAUUUUGUGGCAUGCUUGGUCACACAAUUGAGAAAUUCUACAAGAAGCAUUAA